AAAUUUAUGAUCAUCUUAUUAUCCAAGAUCAUCCUUUUAGGUAUCCUGCUACUGUUAAAGAACUCUGGCUGCCAAAUCAAAAAACUUGGAAUGCUAAUCUUAUUAACUCUCUGUUCAGUCCUGAGAUAGCAAAUGAUAUUCUCCAGACUCCUAUACUUAAAGCUGCUGGACAAGAUACUUUGAUUUGGAAACAAACACCUGCAGGCAAUUUCUCCUCCAAAAGUGCGUAUAAACAUUGUUUCAACAACCUUGAUCUGCCGGCAAGACAACGACCAAAAAUUGUUCAGCCACAAAUUAUUGCGCUUCUAAAUCAGGUUUGGCAGGACAAGCACAUGGUGCCAAGGGUAUAGACUUUUGCUUGGAGGCUUCUAAGGAAAGCACUACCUACGGGUAAGAGAGCAAGUAAGUUCUCUAAACACAUACAUGAAAACUGCUCCCGGUGUGACAACAUGGAAGAUGAAAUGCACAUGUUUUUCCUUUGUCCUUUUUCUAAAGCUGCAUGGUUCUGUUCACCGUGGUUCAUUAAAACUGAAAUUCUAGCUGCAACUAAUCCCUCUAUUCCUGACAUGAUCCAAAGUUUACUUACCUCGGGGCAUCCACAGAUUACUCUUUCUAGCUUAUAUACUUUUUUGUGGUGCCUUUGGAAAUCUCGAAACGAUGCUCUCUUUGCUAGAAAAUAUUGCAGGCCAUCUCAGGUGUACGUGGCAGCAAAUGCUAUCAUCCAAGGAUCCAAAUUAGAUGGCGCGACCCCUGUUGAACAUAAUGGAGUGAAUUGCUUACAGGACCAUCUAAUACUACCGGCAGUACAAAGUCCCAACUCUUUUGCAGGCAACACAAUCUUCUGUGAUGCUGCGUGGGAAAUGCAACCAAGCAACACCACUAAACAAGCAGGAAUUGGAGUCUUUAUUCAAUUUCAAAAUAAUCCGCAUGUCCAACAACUUCACAUCUCGGCAAUGUCCCCUCCAGCUUCUUCUCCUCUUCAGGCUGAGACUUUUGGUCUGCUGAUUGCGACCAGACUAGCGGAGGUAUUCAACAUACAAGAUCCACACUUUCUCACAGAUUGCUUGGUACUUGCUUCGGCGGCAAAAGCGACAGAUAUUUUCUCUGCUCCAGGGCACUGGGACAACAGGCCACUGCUAGCUCAGAUACAAAAUAGUCCUGCUUUCCAGCGAAGAAACGUUUCUCACAUAAACAGGGGAAACAACGUCAAGGCUCACCAUCUUGCAAGGCUAGCCUCAAGAAUGCAAAUUAGACCUACAGUAUAUCGCUGCUUAUGUUCAGAUGCAAGAAUUUGUCAAAUCAGAGAAACUCUCUGUGUAACAAGCGUGUUACCUUUCACGCUCCUCUCUGUAAAAUGCUCGUAGAUGA